AUGGCGCAGCCCAGCAGUCUCUGGGACUAUCUGCGUGAAGAGGUGCUGGCGACCGACUUUGACAGCACGCAGGAGAUGAAGUGGGAGCGCGUGACGAACUUCAUCGCCAUUCCCUUCUGGAUGGAGAAGAUCAUCGGCUUUGGCUUUGUCGUCUGCCUCGAUUCGUUCCUGUACACCUUCACGAUCCUGCCGCUGCGCUUCGCCGUGGCGCUGUUCACCUUGGUCCGGCAUAAUGUGGUCUGGGCGCUCGGCGGCCAGAGGCGGCACCUGCACUCCUCGCACAAGUGCGAUCUGCUCAAGACGGCGCUCAUCGUGCUCUCGUGCACGAUUCUGUCGCGCAUCACCGACGCGAGCAAGAUGUACCACAGCGUGCGCGGCCAGGACGUUGUCAAGCUCAGCGUGAUCUUCAACGUGCUUGAGAUCGCCGACCGCCUCUGCUGCAGCUUCGGCCAGGACCUGCUCGACAGCCUCUUCUCGCGCAUCACUCUGGCGCGGCGGAAAGACGGGCGGCAGCCAUACCUGCGCCCCGCAGGCUUCUUCCUGCUGUCGCUGGCGUACGUGCUUGCGCACACCUUUGUGCUGUUCUACCAGCUCGUCACGCUCAACGUUGCCAUCAACUCGUACGACAAUGCGCUGCUCACGCUGCUGCUCUCGAACCAGUUCGUCGAGAUCAAGGGCAGCGUGUUCAAGAAGUUCGAGAAGGAGAACCUUUUCCAGCUGACGUGCGCGGACAUCGUCGAGCGCUUCCAGCUCACGCUCAUGCUCUCGGCGAUCGGCAUGCGCAACCUCAUCGAGGUCGCGGGCAUCACGGCGAGCAUCGACGGCGGCACCGGCCCGUUGCCGACGAGCUUCACCGUGUUUCCCAGCUUCAACACGCUCGAGACGGUCAUCGCGCCUGUCGCCAUCGUGCUCGCGUCGGAGUGCAUCGUCGACUGGCUGAAGCAUGCCUUCAUCACGAAGUUCAACCACAUCCGCCCGGCCGUGUACGGCCGCUUCAUGGACGUCCUCUGCCGCGACCUGGUCGUCGCAGGCCCGGCCACGGGACGCUCCUCGUCGUCCGGCACGCGCAAGCACACCUUCGUCGACCAGAGCCCGCUCGUUGCGCGGCGUCUCGGCUUUGCGGCGCUCCCGCUCGCCUGUCUACUCGUACGCAUCACGAUGCAGAUCCUCGGCAUGCUCCGCGAUACCAGCCACUACGACGAGUGCGCCGCGCCGUACCGCCCACCGGCGCGCUUCACCAUGGGCCACGGCGUCGCGCAGUUCUUUGCUGCGAUCCUCGGCGCUCGCGACCCCGAGAGCGCGGUGAACCACGCCGCCGAGGUGGUGGUGCGCAGCGCAGCGUGGAUCCUGACAGGGCUAGUGACCUGGGUCUUCCUCGUUGGCCUGAAGCUCAUCCUCGGCACCAAUCUGGUGAGCUUCGCCUCGCACCGCUACGCCACGAUGCAGCAGCGCGAGCGCGAGGAGGAGCUCAACGCCCGCGACCGCGCGCCCAUUGGAGUGGACCGCGACGAGAAGGCGUACGACGCCAAGAUCGCGGAGCUCGUCAACCACAAGGAAGACGACGCCACGCGCAUCGGGCUGCACGGCCAGCAGGACCCGGGUGCCGCGGGCCAGGACAGCAAGAAGAAGGCCGGCCCCAUCGGCUCGCUCAUGGACGUCAGCCGCUACUCGAUGAUCAAGAGCCGCAUCUGGUAG